CUCGCGCGCUCUCUCUCUCUCGCGCGCUCUCGGCGUGGGUGAGCCGAGAACGAGGGGGCGGAGGAGGAGGGAAAUCCGUCGCUCGUUUCCUCCUUUUCCAGACUCAACUGAUAUAUAAUCAUGUUUUUAAGCCUCAGAGAACCCAAAAGAGCGCGAGACGCGAGACUGAUCGCUUUCUUACAUUUAAGAAAAAAAAGAAAGAAAGAAAACGCAAAGGAUUUUACGCGCGCUUUGGUUUAUACCAAACUUCUGGGACUAACAACAGCAUCUCGAUUUGGUUUAUUACGAUGUCAUCUUCAGACGUGGAGAGCCUCCGGCCCGCCCCUCGGCAGCGCGGCAGCUGCAUGGACACGUUCCUGCUCGUUUCCGUUGUCACCCUGUUCCUCAUGGUGCUGUCCGGAGCCGCGCUCGGGUUCUGGCUCGUUAAAGGCCUGCGCGCGGAGAUGGACGGGUUUCACACUGCGCCCGAGCCCAUCAAGAGCGCUAUGAACAUGUCGCCUACCGGUCUGCCAAACGUCGGGCCGUCCUACAAGAUGGAGAAUUUUGCCUACCUUAGAGCCACCUCCAGUGAUGUGAAAAAUGGCACUAUGCAGUGGGAACCAAUCGUGUACAGAAACACCACCACCCUGGGCUCACGCUACAGUUAUUACUCAAAGCACGGAACACUGAGGACGGAGAAAGGUGGUACCUACUUCAUGUACACCCAGCUGAACCUUACAUGCACUUGGAAAUGUGGUAGUGGAUCCCUUAGAGUCACCUUUGAGGACAAUCAAAGGAACGAGCACUUAUCCUGCACACUUCACCUUCCCAAUACAACUUCUAUCCCUGUUGUGGAAAAGUGUUGGACCGUGAUCCAUCAUCUUGAACCCGAAAGCCGACUGAUUGCCAAGAUGCACGCUACAGCGCCACCAAGAGGAUGGAGUCUCGAUCUUAACCACUCCGGAUUUGGCAUGUUCCUGGUGGAUGGACCCAAGACCGAGUAGAAGAUGGGACAGAUAUAUUUAGCAUCAAAAAGACACUGAGUUUGUGGAUUACACAUGAAAGUGUAUGCUUCACACGGUGCUGACUCAACCCAUGCUUGAAUAGACCUCAAGGGACCUCAUUUUUUGCACAUUUAGUAAGGCGGUGACGUUAAACCACUGAUGCUAUAUCACGAUAGUGUGAUACUGUAAAUGUUUUCUUUGGAACUCUCAUCUGAUAAGCAGACCUAUGGGAUUUCCUUUACAGAAGACCUUCAAAUUCACCCAAUUAUUUACAUUUCUAACCCAACGAUGUAAGAGUACUGAUGAUUUGAAGCUUCCUCGUUAAUAGUAUUAUGCGUCCUGGAUAUUGUGGUAUAUUGUACAAUCAACGCUGUUUACUCAGGAAGAACUUUUACAAUGCACUAUUUAUAUUUUGAUACUAUCAUAUAGUCUAUUUAUAUACGGUUUGUACAUAUAUAUUUUUAUUGUUCAGAUAUUUAUGUUAUUUGUUGUAAAACUGUUGUACCGUAAGACAGUGGGUCAUUUUUUACUGUUACACAGUAGCUGAAGAGUAGACAUCACUACAAACCGCAGCCACAAUGGUGGCUAAUGGCAGGUACGAAACUCUCAAUCACAACUAACUUAGUGCCUUCAGAUAGGAGCACAGGCGCCCUUUACGUGCCCUCAUCACAACGUGGCGAAAAGUAAUGUCUCUCUGACAGAGACCAUCAAUGUGAUUGUUAAUUUAUAUUCAGGAAUGUAAAGCUAAUAUGUAGUCAAUAAAAGAGACUUUACUGUU